GAAUAAAAUAUCUAAAAAAUACAUGCUUUAUUAUUACACCAUAACAUACAUGUUCACAUGUGUAUAACAGAUAUCAAAAUAUUGCAACAAAACUACAGGAAGAGGCUCAGAUCUCGUAUCACAACAGUAGAGCCUAUGGGAACACUGCAAAUUCAUUUCAAUAAAAUCACGGUGACAUCAACAGGAAACCAGAAUAAAAUACACCUGAUAUUUGUUCAUAUCAACUGAAUGACUCGAUUGUCAAAAAGUUAUGAUCAGUGAAACAGUCAAAGGUAAUAAAAAAUAUAAAUAUGGUAAAAUGUGCAUUGCAUACAUCAUCUUAAACCUUUAUAACAAUUUAUAACAAUAGAUAAUGUUAUAUACAGCUAGUCAGAUAACAAUAGGUUCAAUAUCUAACAAUCACUGCUUGUCAACUAGUUUGGAACAGUGUAUCUCAUAAGGCAGGAAGCGAAGAGAGUGCCUCUUGGCCUAAGAGAUCUGUGGACAGAUUCUUAACCACAAUUUCCCCAGUCAAUGGCCUUUACACUCAUUUCAAAGCAUCCAAAGUCAGGAACCACACCUUAACACAGCAAACAAACACUCAUAAAUUGAAUCCCUUGAAUGGUAACCAAAUGGUUGCAAUUAACAAGGCAUUCUUUAGGUAGAAACUCUAAAAUUAAUUCGGAUAUUACUGUAAACAAUAAAUAUGAAAACAAAGCAAAAUACUAGCUCAACUUUUAGAAAAGUGGCCCAGCACCUUUCAAAAAAUAAAAGGAAUCAAAAAUACUUGUAUCAUGCUUACAAACAAAAGUAAAGACAAUCAGAAUACACAGAAUGCAAAAUGAUAAAUUAUCUGAAUAACAUAGAAGUCAAGUUUAGAGCUCCUUGUUUUAAUGCUAUGCAUUCUAAAACUAAAAUUUGCCCACAAACUAGUAAACUCAUUCUUUAUGCUCAUCCUACUCGUACUUGUAGAUAACAAACUUAUUGCUCUCUUAUAUACGAAACUAAUUUUGUGAAUAAAACUACACUAUUAAUUGAGCUACUGUGUACCAAAUAAGAUUUCUUUCUACAAGAUCAAAGAAUUGAAUCUACAAAAAAAUGAGUACCUCCAAUUCUUUUCUAUAGUUCUUUUUAUGACUACAUGUAACAAUAUUUACACUGAAAUUUACAUCUAAGAAUAUUGCUUUGGUAAGGGCUAAUACACUUUCUAUGUAUUAAUGUAAUGUAAGUUUUAAGAAAUUGACAGUUGUGGAUUAUUGGCAGAGCUUGGUUAAAAAUUUUAAAACGGCAUAAUUUUAGCACUGGAAGCAACAUACCACAGAUAUUUUGUUUAUUAUUUGGCACAAGAGAUUGAAGCAACUGUUUAAAAUUCAUAUUCAUUCUCAUCAAACAUAUUAAAUUCAAUGCAAUUCAAUCCAGCCUUGGUAAAUUAGUAAGAGAACAGCAGGUACAAAAUAUAAGUUGAUAAAUGAACAUGUCUGGUGAAAUAUUCAAUAAGUGACAAUAACUUUAACUUUUCCUUAAAAUAAAGUGUGCUCUGCACAUAUUGUUGCUUCAAUAUCAAACUGGUAGUUUGUGCAGAGGAGAAUCUGAAUUAUGCUGCCUCCAUUGGCUGCACAACCUCAGAGAGAUUAGUAUGCAUAAAAGUAAUGUAAAUGAGGACUUAAAAUCAGUCUCAAGAAUACCAAACAGUUUAUAUAUAUAUACAUCUGUAUGGCAUACAUAUACAAAAGUUCUAUUAAUCUACACAAUUUUCUAAUAGUAUUGUUCAAAUCCUCCGUUGAAACAAAGAAAUAACUAUUAUUUCUUCAGUAUAUUGACAAGUUUUUGAACACUAAUGGAGCACAAUAGAAAAAUCCAUGCACCCUUAAAAGCAACAGAUUUAAAUCUCAUGCUCGCAUUGUGUCCACAUUGUUUUCAGAUACAACAUGUGUGGAAGCUUCUGACCCACUCCAUGUUGCCAUUUCACACUGGGUAACGCUGACUGUAUCAGAAGCGUCUUCAGAAUAGGAAGACCAAGGUUCUGUGUCUGAAGACAAAUUGCCAAGCUGCCUCCGUGGCCGUAACCUCCGAGCUGUUUGUCUGGUUCGGAAGGAAGAGCUACGUGACGCAGCAGGCAAUGUGCCUCCAUGGUGAGGCCUCAUAAGAGGACGAGACUCCUCUUCUUCUGACGUGCUGAAUGCACGUCCACGCACAGGAGCAGGAGGUUCCCUAACAUAACCCAGAGGCACUGCAUAUGGUGAAUUAGAGAGCAAUUCCUUGGGAGGCAUGGCAGGAAUAGGUGGGGGACAAUGGGCAACGCCAGCAUUAUCAUUACUAUACAAUACAGGAGAAACACUGUACGGUGAAACAUGAGUACAUUCUUUCACAGGAGUUGCCUGCAUGGCAUAAUCACAGUUUUCCACAUUCUGUAAUUCAUCACUGCUGUACAUCUGACCUGGUGCCAUAUGUUCCUGCAUUAAAUACCCUGUGCUGGAUGUUGUCAUAUUGUAGGACACUUCUUGCUCCUGAACAUUUUUGCGAUGGUUUUUGAAAGCACAUACAGUAAGGAUGGAGCAAAUUAUCACUAGCACAAGAGGACAAACUCCACUCAAUAUGUACACUAAUAAAAGGAAGGUGUCCUCUUUUUCAAUCACUGUCUCUAGAGCACAUGAUGUUUGAUUACAAGUCAACUGCACAAGAGCACUAGCCACAGAACUGUUAGAUAAGACUUCAUCUGAACCCUCUGGUGUACAAGAUCCCCACAGCUGAAUACCACGAUACAUAGCCCAUUCCCACAAUGUCUUCAAUUCACAGCUGCAGCUCAUGGGAUUUCCGUACACCCGAAGGUAUUUUAAACUUGGCAAAUCACACACGAGACGCAUGUGGAAUGUCCUGAGGUGGUUGUUAGAUAUGUACAAAUGGCUCAGAGAUUCUAAUGAUGCUAAAGCUUCUCUAGUGAUGUUUUCCAUGGAAUUAUUAUCCAGAUAUAAUAAUCUUAGAUUGGCAGUAGAUCCAAAUACAUCAUUUUCUAUUGCUUCAAUACUAUUAUUCUGAAGGUAUAAUUCAGUUAAAUUACCUAAAGAAUGAAAGAGAUUUUCAUGAAGAGAAGUUAACUGAUUGAAAUUUAAAUACAAUACUUCUAAAUAUAUUUGAUGAUGAAAAAUAAAACUUUCUAAUUCUUUUAAUUUAUUUUGAGAAAUAUCAAGCACUUGUAGGAAUUCAGAGUACAUAAAUAAAUCUUGUGGUAUAUAACUCAAAUUAUUGUUAGACAUGUACAAAUAUUUUAAGUUUUGCAAAAACAUAAAUAAAUCAGCAUCUAGUUGAGUCAAAGAAUUAUACGAAAGUCGUAAUUCUUCUAAGGCAGAAAGAGCAACAAAAGUUUCUUUCGGUAAACGUGAAAUAUUACAAUGAGACAUAUCUAACAUUUGCAAUGAUGUACUCUUCAAAAACGGUCCCCGAUUUGGGAAUCUCAGAGGAUUGAAACUUAAUCCAAGCACUUCCAAACGCUUAUUAUCAGAAAACACAUCGGUAUCAAAAGUUGUAAUUCUAUUUCUAUCUAAAUAUAGGAAUCUCAGAUGUUUCAGUUCUUGAAAUGCCAUCCUGUGAAUAAAGUUUAUCCUGUUUCUCUGCAGGUACAUCACAUUCAGAUAAGGCAGAUGUGUAAUGAGAAAAGUGUUGUUAUCUAACUUCAGGAUGCUGUUGUUUGUCAUGUGUAAGAUGCGGACUUCCGGAUUGAGACCAAGCGGAAAACUGCGCCAUGAUCCAGAAGAACAGUUUGCCUUGAGAGGGUGAGCACAUCGGCAGCUCUCAGGGCAACUGAGGACUGGGGGUGCCAAAUCCACUUGAGAUGAAGAUUCCAGAAGCAUCAGCAACAGCACCAGCAGCACUGAGUGCUGUGCGCGACUAGCCAUACUCUCAACCUGUCAACUACUACUUUUCAAUGCCACUACAUUUAACAAUGUAUACAUCUGAAAAACACAAUGUAUAAUUCUUGUACAGCACUGAGUUUCUAUAAAGCUAGACUAGCUUCUUUCAGUCACACGAGCCAUCUUCCCAGCCUGUUUUCCAACGCUCAUCAACUUUUGAACAAUCAAAUUCCUUCUUCCCUAACCGACGGUUAAUAUUAUUAUGAACUCUGCACAACCAUUGGGACAAUUCUUUUUGCGAAUCAGUUUUAGGUGGUGAUUCCUUCAACUGGUUUUUUAAGUCUUCAGCACAAUAAUUGCAAGGAUAGAAAUUAGAGAAAAUAGAAAAAAACUGUUUCAUUUCUGCUUUCUGCUCAGUUGAUGGUUUCUCUGGAUAGUAGGCUGCCAUCGUAUGCAGAAAGUGCCAUGUGUGAUUGCCCAGUUGAUCCUUUGACAGAGGGCAUGGUUUGUCUUCUACUUCUACUUUCUUCUCGUUACUAACUGAAUAUUGAAAUAUGAUGAAACGGUGCAGAAUGUGACGAUACUGGAAGUUGACUCAGAAGCGCGGAGAAGAAAUGCAAUUCACUGAAUAGACACAAACUCAAACCUCUUUCUUCUUUCCAAGAACAAACGUACACUGAAACUUCACUUCACAGUCAUCUUUGUUGUCAACUAAUAAACUCUAAUUAAAGAACUUCAAGAAUAAAAGAGCCCUAAAAUCAACUAAAACCGCCAUGUUUGCGACUAAUUUAAAGUGUUUAUUUUGCAUCGUAAAGGAAUGGCGACUGUUUUCGUAAUGGCUGUUGGUCGGGUUGACAUUGACAGGUGGCAAGUUUUCGAGUGCUUGGGACCAUACACCAAAAAAGAAGUGUGAAUAAUUGUAAUCGUCCGAUGGUUCCUAAUUUACGACUAUUUUGUCGUGAGUGACGCUUUGUAAUUAACUCGCUUAGAAAAAUGGCUGAAUUUUUAGCCGAUAAUAAUCCUUGUGGCCAGUAUAUUCUGAGGCUGGUCUCCAGAGGAAAUGCAAUUAUUGCCGAAUUAUUACGUCUGAAGCACUAUAUACCCCCAGUUUUCAGACUUGAGACUAAACAGGAUCAACAAAAAUAUGGAGAAAUUAUUUCUGACUUUAGUUAUUUCAAAAUGUCAGACGAUUUCGAUCAGAAAAUUGAUAAAAAUCCACAAUUACAAGACCUGGAUGAAGAAUUCAGAGAAAACUACUCGGAAAUCUUGACAAGAUUUUACUUGACAUUUGAAAGCAUUCAUAAAUAUGUGAGUGACUUAAACAAAUAUUUAGAUGAUCUGGAAGAAGGUAUAUAUAUCCAACAGACAUUGGAAAGUGUUCUUCUUACAGAAGAAGGAAAGCAAACAUUGUGUGAAGCCCUCUAUCUUUAUGGAGUGAUGCUGUUACUAGUAGAUCUCCACAUGGAAGGGACUGUCAGAGAGCGAAUGUUGGUAUCAUACUAUAGGUACAGUGCCCAGCAGUCACAUGCGGAAAGUAAUAUUGAUGAUGUAUGUAAGCUGCUAAGAUCAACAGGCUUCAUAAAUUGUCUUGGGUCAAAGAGAACUCCCAAUUAUCCAGAAGAUUAUUUCAAGAGAAUACCAGUAAAUACUACGUAUGUGAACAUGGUUCUUGGUCGUCUUCGUUCCGAUGAUGUAUACAACCAGAUUGCAGCAUAUCCCCACCCAGAACACAGAAGCACUGCUUUGGCCACACAAGCUGGCAUGCUUUAUGUGUGCCUGUUCUUUGCCCCUAAUAUUCUGCACAACCAGACAGCAAAGAUGAGAGAAAUUGUGGACAAAUUUUUUCCUGAUAAUUGGGUUAUCAGCAUAUACAUGGGUAUUACUGUCAAUCUAAUAGAUUCAUGGGAGCCUUACAAAGCAGCUAAAAACGCUCUCAGCAAUACAUUAGAUGCAGCUAAUGUAAAAGAGCAUGCAACACGGUAUUCCACCAGACUUCAAAAACUCAUUCCACAAACAAGACAACUGCUCAAGGAAGGGGCAUUAGUUGAAGAUAAUGUUUUAGAUCAUGUCAAUAAAGUGAUUUACAUAAUUAGAGAAUGUAACGUAACUCUUCGAUGGCUGAUGCUCCAUACUGCUGUGUUAAGUAUUACUUCUGCUGGAAAUAAGAGAUGUAAACAAAUUCGAGACCAAGUGAUUUCUGAUACAAAAUACAAAGCUUCAGAAGUUUUUGAACUUUUGUUAAAUACUGCUGAAUUUGAAUUAAAAAUAAAAGAUCUUUUUAAACAUCUUCUCAUGGAAAAACAAAAGAAGUGGGAAGCUUGUAAAAAAGAGUGUGUGGAAAGAAUGAUUGAAUUAUCCGAAGUCUUUUCUGGAUCAAAGCCUCUAACAAGAGUAGAAAAAAUAGAUAAUUUGAAAUCAUGGUUCUCUGAUUUAGCAAAAGAAAUAGAGACCCUAAAUCAUGAACAAAUUACAGCUGCAGGACGAAAAAUUGUGCAGAUGAUCCAAGCUUUAGAAGAAGUGCAAGAAUAUCAUCAGCUGGACAGCAAUCUCCAGGUUCGACAGUUCCUGGCUGAUACACGCCGCUAUUUGCACCAAAUGAAUCGUACUGUAAGCAUUAAAGAAGAAGUUCUUAUAACUCUGCAAAUUGUUGGGGACCUGAGUUAUGCAUGGGAACUUGUAGACACAUAUACAAGUAUAAUGCAAGAUGGGAUUAAACAGGAUCCAUCCCUUGUCAUUAAAUUAAGAGCAACGUUUCUCAAGCUGUCAUCAGCUCUUGAAAUUCCUCUUCUUCGAAUCAACCAGGCACGAAGUCAAGACUUAGUGUCAGUUUCACAAUAUUAUUCAGGGGAACUAGUAGCUUAUGUGCGCAAAGUUUUACAUAUAAUUCCAGAAACAAUGUUUGGAUUAUUGGCUCGAAUCAUCCACCUGCAGACAUCUGUUCUCAAAGAGCUUCCGACCAGGUUGGAAAAAGAUAGAUUAAGGGAGUUAGCUCAACUGGAGGAAAGACAUGAGGUGGCUCGCCUCACCCAUGCUAUAUCCAUUCUUACAGAAGGAAUUCUUAUGAUGAAAAGUACACUUGUUGGAAUUAUUAGGAUAGAUCCCAAGCAGCUCCUUGAAGAUGGAAUUAGAAAAGAAUUAGUUAAGCAUAUAGCCACUGCACUUCAUCAGGGACUUACUUUUAAUCCAAAAGCAAAGACAAGUGAACUGCACACAAAAUUGGAAGCAUUAGGGAAAAUAAUGGAUGGUCAUCGUCGCUCCUUUGAAUACAUUCAAGAUUAUGUUAAUAUAUAUGGUUUGAAAAUCUGGCAAGAAGAAGUUUCUCGUAUUAUAAGCUAUAAUGUUGAACAGGAAUGUAACAGUUUUUUGCGCAAUAAAGUGCAGGAUUGGCAGAGUUUGUAUCAAAGUCAAAGUAUACCAAUUCCAAGGUUUCCCCCUGUUGAUGGCCAAUCAGUUAAUUUUAUUGGCCGUUUGGCAAGGGAGCUGCUACGAAUCACUGAUCCAAAAACCACAGUUUAUAUUGAACAAAUGACAGCAUGGUAUGAUGCAAAAACUCAUAGCGAGGUGAUCAAUCUGAAAUUCUUUUCAAAAGUGUCUAAGUCAGUUGGAACUGCUGGAUUGACUGGUCUUGACCGUCUUUUGUGCUUCAUGAUUGUAACAGAGCUUCAGAAUUUUCUUGGUGCUUUACAAAAGGGUGUCCUUAAGGAUAAACAGUGGGUUGAAAUGUUUUCUUCUGUCUCAAAAGGCAUGACACCCCUCAGUGGUACUGUUAGUAAUCCUAAAAAUUUUUAUUCUCAGUUUAUUUCAAGAGCUCAGAAAGUAUGGCCACAAAUAUUGGAGUGGAUAUUAAAAAUUGGUCAACUGCAGUUGUUGAGAAAGCAUAUUGCUUAUGAGCUCAAUAUAUCCUGCAAGUUUAAUUCUAAAUAUCUUGCCAGUGCACUACAAACUAUGAAUGAUGCUGUCCUGGCUGAUAUUGAAGCACAUUAUAAGGAUCCAACUAAACCAUAUCCUAAAGAAGAGAGUCCUCUUUUGUUUGAUCUGGCCAACUAUUUGGAUUGGGCAGGAAUUAGCAAUCCAUAUGCAAAAAUUUAUAUUACUACUAAGAAUUUGCAGUAUUUUCCUCUGCUUACAUUUUUAUUUGUGAUUUCACAACUUCCAAAACUGCAAUACAUGAAGCAAUUGGGAACUUUGCUAAGUCGGAAAUCUCAAGAACCUUUAGAUGGUGUACCGUUUGUGGUUGGUGUUCAGACUGUCUUUCGACAGUUUCAUCCUGAAAUAAGAAAUACAUUUUUAUUGUACUUGUCUCAGUAUGUAAAGUCAUAUGUAGAAAUUAGUACUUGUAAUAAGCCAACAGACUUGCCAGGAGAAGUUGUAAAUACUCUUCACUUCAUGGAAAAUUUUGUUCAUCAUUCAGGUCUUCCUCGGAAAAUACUAGCAAACCAUAUUCCAGAUUUGAUAUUGGAUGAAUAUGCAUCUGUUAACUCCUGAAAGCGUGCUAAUAGAUCUGUUGUUUUGCAGUGCGCGUAUACAGCGUCUGUUACACGGCAGAACUUGGUGUGAAUUGAUUAUGUUUUUCCAUGUGAACAUUUGGAAACGUAUAAUAAAAUAUGCUAUGUUCAAGAAUAGCAAUCUUAAAUGUAUUCAUUAAAAUGGUGCUUUCAGAGAUAUAUUUGCCAAAAUAGUUAGCUGUGAUUGAUUAGUCACUUGUAAAUAAAAUAUUUCUUACAUUCCAUUAUGUGGAAAAUUGUCUAGCCUUAGUUACUCAAGAAUGAUUGGGAAGACCUCUUUUUGAUGCUUUGAUCAUAAGAUAUUGACUCCAUAAGUACAUACCUUAAUACCAAAGGAUAAAUAUAAAUUAUCCUACAUUCGUACUGGAAAUAAAAUUUCACAGCAGAGGCAGCCAAGACUGAUAACAAAUUUGAAUAAUACAUAAAUAAAUUUCAAUUUUCUGUCAAAAUUAUAUUUCUGAAUGGUAUAGUUAAAGUGUGCUUUCAUAAGCAAACAGAAAGAUUAUAAAGAUGUCAUACUGUAAUAUAUUCUGUUAUGAAUACUUGUGCAAAAAUUGAUAUGUAAUGUUGUCUUGUACUUUAAUAUUAUACUAUUUGAUUAAUAUGUGUGAUUUUACCUUCUUACAUAGUUUUAUUUUAUCCAUUUUCUAUUGGUGAGUGUAUGUUUUGGAGUUUUUGAAUUAUUCAUUAAUCCCUAACUACUUUGGUACACAUUUGUAUUGACUUUGAUUUAUUAUAACAAGGAUCAUACAUUGCAUGUAAUAUGAAAGGUAGCAUUCCUGAGGAGUUCAUCUCAUUUAGUAUUCAUACGUUUCUCCCUGUGUUUAUUUCUUUGGGGAGAAAAAACAACUAACUUAACUUCUUCCAAUUAAUGUUAUUAGUUCCUUGUUUUAAUAAUCAGUAAAAUUGUGCAACAAAAGUUUCAUUUUUGCUUCGAUCCUGAACUGGUUAUCCAACGAUCUUACUUUCUGGAUUGGUUACAUUUUCAUGCUUAUUUAAUGAUCAAUGGAUGUCAGUUCUCAUUAGGGAUUAUUUUAUAUAUCUGGCAGAAACAAAAGUCAAUUUGCAUAAUGUUGAAAAUACUCUUAAGUAAUUUAUAAAUUUUCUAUGAAUCUAUUUUUUUAAGACAAUGGAUUGUUGGACUCGAAAGCCCACUUUCUUCCAUUGUAACAAGAGAUCAUGAAUUAACAGUGGACUAAUAAGUUAGCAUUUGGCUUAGAAUUACUUUGUCACUCGAAAGAUUUUGGUCAAAGUUUCUUUUCUCUGUUCUGCAUUUGACCUUGAUAGUGUAAUCCAAACCCAGGGAAGUGUAGCACUCAAGAGUAUUCAUUGAUGCAAAGUGUAGUUAGGUGGCUGGGAAAGCCAGUUUGUUGUUGUGUGCUAUGGAGUGCCAACUGUAGGUACAUCAUGGUCUCUGGUUCAUAGUAGCAUAGAAUUGAAAAAUACUUCAAACAACAGGUUUUGUAAAAUAAUUCAUUGAAGCUAUUGUUUGUAAGAAACUUGUGAAUAGGAUGCCAAAAGUCAUCAAAAACGUUAUUGUGGCAAAGGGUGGCUUUUUGUAUGAAGAGUUUUUUUAAGUUAAAAUGUUUCGAAGUAUUGUGUAUGUUUAUAUUAUACAUAAUAUUUAUGCAUAAGAUAUAUGGAUAGUCAAUGACCACAGUGUAUAAGUGUAUUAUUACUUUCUCAAUCUAUUUUUGAUACAAAUUUUAAAUUAUUAGUAGUGUCCAAAUGCUUUUGACAAGCAGUGUAUGAAAACUUCUCUGAAGUGAAAAUUGAAUAUAAGGUGUUAAAAAAAAAAAAGAGUGGCCUUAAUCUUUGCAAUCAAUUAGCAUUCUUGAA